UCAGACACAGACACCGGCGUGUGUGUGAGUGUGUAAGUUGCAGCGGGCUCCGAGCUCCCCUCCGCGGAUCACGCCCGUCCACACGGCUCCGCGACCCUCCGUCCGUCUCGCGCGGAUCGCAGUGAGCUGAGCAGGCACGCGGCGAGCUGGGUGGGGCGGGGGGCUGUGCCUUUUCUCCCCAUAACCUCAAUGGUCCAGCACAUCUGGACGGCAGGCUGACAGCCGCACCUGGCGAGGAUUGUGUGUGGUUACUAUGACAACAGUACCAGGCCUGGGGUCAGAACAGAAGAACGUGACAGAGGUGCCUUCAGAGGCAAAGGUGGCCACCAGCGGCUCACAGGCUGCUUACAGCAUGAGGACCAAUCAGGAUCACGAGGCCAAGCUGCUGGAUGACACCGGGGAUAUGGAUGAUGCUUCCGAGAAGACUACCCCUACCAAAACCUCGAAAUCCCCACACAGGAAGUCCAAGAGGGCCAAAACAAUCCCUGUUAAGGUCACCCUGCUAGAUGCAUCAGAAUUCGAAUCUGGAAUUGAGAAAUUUUCCCGAGGACAAGCCUUAUUGGAUAUGGUCUGUGAACAUCUGAACUUGCUUGAGAAAGACUAUUUUGGCCUGAUGUUCUUCGACACAGAUUCCCAGAAGAACUGGCUGGAUCCAUCAAAGGAGAUCAAGAAGCAACUUCGCACCAGCCACUGGCACUUCACCUUUGCUGUCAAGUUUUACCCACCUGACCCCUCGGAGCUCAUUGAGGACAUAACCAGGUACUACUUAUGUCUGCAGCUGAGGGAUGACAUCCUGUCAGGGCGACUGCCCUGCUCUUUUGUCACGCACGCCUUGCUGGGCUCCUACGUGGUUCAGGCUGAGCUGGGAGACUACGACCCAGAAGAGCAUGGCAUUGACUAUGUCAGCAACUUCCGCCUCGCACCCAAUCAGACUCAUGAGAUGGAGGAGAGGAUAGCAGAACUGCACCAGAGCUACAGGGGUAUGAGUCCUGCAGAGGCAGAGAUGAACUUCCUGGAGAAUGCCAAGAAGCUAUCCAUGUAUGGGGUAGACCUUCAUCAUGCAAAGGACUCAGAAGGCAUUGACAUCAUGCUGGGCGUAAGUGCCAGCGGACUGCUUAUAUACCGAGACCGGCUGCGGAUAAAUCGUUUUGCCUGGCCUAAGAUUCUUAAAAUCUCCUACAAGAGGAGCAAUUUCUACAUCAAGAUUCGGCCAGGGGAGUACGAACAGUUUGAGAGCACAAUUGGUUUCAAGCUGCCCAAUCACAGAGCUUCCAAGAGGCUGUGGAAAGUCUGCAUUGAGCACCACACUUUCUUCAGGUUGGUGUCUCCUGAGCCUCCUCCCAAAGGCUUUCUGGUGAUUGGGUCUAAGUUUAGGUAUAGUGGACGCACACAGGCACAGACCCGUCAGGCAAGCGCACUGAUCGACCGCCCGGCCCCACAUUUUGACAGAUCCACAAGCAAAAGGUAUCCCCUGUGCCGGAGCCUGGAUGGAGCCUCUGCCUUAGGGGAGAACCAGGAUGGCUUGUCCCACCGCAGCUCCAGCGAUCGCACUUACAACCUAUCUGUGGAUGACUUGGGCCCGGAUAUGGAGCAGACCCAGGAACUGGACCUAGACCUGGAACCAGACCAGGAGGUUGCCACCACACCCACGAAGAUCAAAGAGCGGAAGUUCCUCAACAAGUCGGAGGAGGUCCUGCUGAAGCACCAGGCCAGCAUCAAUGAGUUGAAGAGGGCGUUGAACAGCAAGCUGGUGCAGAGGGAGAAAAGCUUGUCGGGACCCCCUCCAGGGACCGCCCCUGAAAACACAGCUGUUUCAGGAGCGCUCGGGGGAGAGGAAGAGUCCAAGGAUGGUAUCAGUCAGGAGAGCUUUGUUCAGAAGACUUUGGUGGCAUCUCCACAGAGAGAACUGUGGGAGAAGCAGCUGGGCUCUGGACUUGAGGAUGACCAGGAGGCUGAAGCCCUGUACCUGAAAGAGGCCCAUCUUGGAAUUGAGCGCAAGUGUUCCAGCAUCACGGUCAGUUCCACCUCUAGCUUGGAGGCUGAGGUGGACUUCACCGUCCUCAUGGACUUCCAGACGGGCGUGGAGGAGUUCUCCCGUGGGAUGUCUGAGCUUGGGGAGAGGGACUACUUUCUUGAAGACCAAGGCCAUGGUCCCACUGAAGACAUUGGUGUGGACGAAAGAAUACUAUAUGAGCACCACGUGGCUGGUGCAGCCAGUGCGGCAAGCUUUGAGCAGUCAGCGAGGAAAGAGCUCGUGGAAGGGAUAGCUGCUCAUUCACAGAGGCCAGGUGAGGUGACCACUACCAGGGUGGUGAGGAGAGAGCCUGCUGAUGUAGCAGCCACCCAGGCCUUGAGGAAGACGGCGUUUAAGACAGAGAAGCAGCCUAAUGGCUCAGAGGUCACCACCACCAUUCUGGAAAUUGCAGACCAGGGCUACAGUAUGAGCUGUCUAGAAGAGGCUCUGCCCACUAUGACUGACAGCUUCUUACCUGUAAGAACCGUCAUGCUGGGGAGAGAGGCUUUUGGGUCCCCAAUGAUUGUCACCAAUGAAAACGUUGCCUCAGCAACUACCACGCAAGUUACCAAGACAGUAAAAGGAGGUUACUCGGAAACCAGGAUUGAGAAGCGGAUCAUAAUCACUGGGGAUGAUGAUGUGGACCAGGAUCAGGCGCUGGCCAUGGCAAUACAAGAGGCCAAGCAGCAGCAUCCUGACAUGCUGGUAACCAAGGCUGUGGUGGUGAAGGAAACCGAAUCUUCGUCUCAAGACAAACACAGGAAAUCUGAGUCCUGAGGCCUGAUGGACCCCGAGAGCAAGCCCCUUGGAGGGGGACAGGAUGGGAGUCUGGCCUACGAUUGCCCAGCUACUGCCCGUGGGCCCAGGGCACCUAAUGGCUCGACAUCUGACACUGCUUCCCUCACCCAGACAUCCGCUUGACUUCCACACACUGACAUGUUGCUUUCCCAGUUAGUACCUCUGGAAACUGUUUUACACCCAGCUGUUUGCUUCCACCACCCACACUGCCAUGACUGCCACUCUUGCUCAGGCGCUUACUCAUGUCUUAUACCUUCUUUCCUGCCUGUGUUCAUACACCCAUCUGAUACCUGCUUUCUUUGCUGCACUUUUUUUAACCAUCUGCUCACUUUCUCUAAUAUAGGUUUGCUUGCCUAUGCUCUCAAGUCUGUCUGGCAUCUGCUUUCUUGCCAGCAAACUGUUCAUUCUCUGACACCUGUUCUUUUGCCCGCACACUUAUACUCCCCACAUGCUUAAAUGUCCCCUAUCCAUAUUGAGGUCAGUAAUCACUGUAAAUUCUCUUCUAAAUGGCCAUGGCUCAGUAUCCUUGCUCAGUGGAAAAAACCCAAGAGUGCUCAAAUGGAACAGGAGAGUUUUACUGUUCUAGGUGACACCCAGCAAGUAAUUUAACCUGAAACAUCUGAAUCACUGCACCUCAAACAAACAAACUAAGGCAGAAAGACCACCCACAUAUUAAACUUCGGCCAUGGCUCUACCCUCAUAGUCAGUCAGCAGUGAUUUCAUCCACAGGUUCUGGUGAACCGUUCCAACGGUUAGCUCAGAAAAUUUCCAACAAACAUUUAAGAUCUGAGGUUCAGAAAAGCCACACAUUUCUGUAGUAAGCAUAGGUGUCUUCAGUAGGACUUACAUACUCAUUAUUUGCAUGAGAGGCAGCUUAAGUUUGCUGAGAGAAAAA